ACGUUUCGUUUAUCUGGAAUGAACUUUUAUCGUCAGCAAUAGAUGGUGUGUUUCUUACAAAUGUCGCAUCUAGAAUUUGGAAUGACAUGACUCAAACCGAUAAGGACCAUUUCAAAAAUAUUGCAGACGAAAUAAAAAUAUUACAGUCUGAUUUCCAUAAAGGUAAACAUUAUAAAAAAAAACCUGUUGCUACAACGUUCCAUAAUUAUGCUAUUGAAGAUUUUGGUAAAAGAAAGAAUAAGAAGGAG